GGUUAUGUGCUUCCAUGGCAGCAAGACGAGGGCAUGCUCGACUGCCACGCAGGACUGAACGUAGCGCAUGGGCACGCGCAGAGGGAUGACGCAGGACAAGAUUGCCCAGCAGGUUGCGCUUAUUACGCACGAUCCCAUUCAAUUUGGGGCUUCCGCACCGCCUUCUGCUGAUGCAGUUUUUGAUAGACGUGCUUGCAUUUUUCGUCCCUACCCCAGGGACGAUGACUCGGAUGAGGAGUUGAUACCCGAGGCAGCAGAUGACCCUGCACUCCGCAUUCCCUGCGAGAUUGAUGAGACGCAUGACUACCCCGACGACGUGAAGACGUGGACACACAACGCACGACGGGCAGAGGACCGGGCGGACAGGGAGAUGCUGGGGGGAGACGAGGAUUUUUGGGGCCCUUUUAGGGAGGUGGCUUUCACGAGUGAUGUGCGCAAUGACAGAGCCAGGGGCUCACAUGCAGGCAUGAGCCGCACAGAGGCGCGGAUGACGACUCUUACUCCGACGAGGCUAGAGUCGUCCAUGCCGCCACCUCUUGCUCCGAGUCUUGCACUGCCUGUCUUGCCACUUGAGCCGGCCACAGCAGCGGUGGACACAGAGGAGUUGGCAUCCUCCUUGCCUCAGCACGGACUUAUGCAGAGAUAUGGGGUGAUCCGCCAGUUGUGGUUACGAUCACCUUCCCCAAAGGUCUUGCAGGAGGAGGAGGUACCAUCAGCAACACCAGUGGAGGGGGAGGUAGCAGCAACGGAGGGUAGUAGCAGCAGCAGCAGCAGUGGAGGGAGAGGAGGUAGCGAUAACAGUGGAGGGGGAGGUAGUAGGAGCAGCAACAGAGGAGGAGGAGGUACCAUCAGCAGCAGCAGUGGAGGGGGAGGUGGUAGCAGCAGAGGAGGAGAUAGCAGCAGCGGUGGAGGUGUUGGAUGUUGCGAUGCAGCGUGAUGGUGCGGACGACACUAAGGGCG